ACAAUUCCCAUGAUGCACUUGAAAUUACCGUGGCCACUGGACGGGGGAAGGGAAGCUGAGAUUGGAGGGAGAAACAGUCAAAAACUGAGUUUUCAGAUAUUGUGUACAUAUGACAGCCCCUCCUCAGGACUCUGACCGGACAAGAACUCUAUCCAUGACCCACAUCUCACUGGACACCUUCACUUCUUACUUUGGACGUGUUCUGCUGUUUCAUGUGCGGCUGAAGACAUAACACAGCUUUGGUGCAAGUGAAUUAAACUGCAACUGUACUAGAACCUCUGGGUGCCUACUGGAUUUUGUCUUCAGUGCCAAAGUGAUGAAGUGUCUCGGACGGGGAGAGCCCAGCCCUGAAAAGCAAUGUCAUUAUCCAGCUUCUGUGCAUGUCUGAUGGGGCUGAGGAGUGGACCCACUGGCCAAGCAGAUCUGUGGAGGAGAGGAAGGAGGCAGGUUUCCAGGAAACUUGUGCAUUGAUGGAUUUCCUCCUGUCAGCUCUUGUAGACUGAUACCUGCACAUUCUUGUCAGCUUACUCACUCAAGUUUAGACUUAAGAAUAGCUAGUAAAACCGCACCAAUCAUCGAUAUUACGCAGAAACAAGAAUAUGAUUUCUUCUGCCAGUGACAGUUUUUGGAAAUCAUACUGGUGAUUGUGGAGUUCUCCGUGUAUAUGAGGAGAAAAGGAGAAAAGCUUACAUCCUUGCAGUCACUACAAAUGUGCACUACGGAAACCAUGGUGGUCCUCGCAUCAGCUCCUCAGCCCAUCUCAGUCCACGACUACAGAAGCCUUUAGAGGCCAGGAUCAGGAACACGCUCGCCAGCCAACACACUCAUAUGCAAUGGAAGAAGACAUUGAUGUCACAUCCCACACUGAGGGCCUGAAUGGAUUGUCCCAUGAAUGUAAACCAUUAGAGGAUAUCACCAAUGGACACUCCAACCAUAAGCCUGUCAUGAACGGACUGAUAAUUAGUCAUAAUGUCAAAGACCACACCAACGGCAGCGCACCACUCAGAUCCCUGCCGAUUUCAGCACUGAAGCAGAAUGGUCUUUUGCAGACCCUGGCAGCCGGAGGGGACCAGCCUCAGCCUGCAGAGGAAAAUGAGGAGUUGGAAAAGGCCAGAGAGGAGUGGGAGGCUCUGGAGAACGUCCCACAAGCUCUCACCGAGGACACAAACCCAACCCCGCUCAUCUCCUUCAAUGAAGCCCUGCAGUACUUCCAGACCACAGACCUCGGGGACUUGCUGAAGAACAUCCAGCCAACCAUUCGCAGGACAGGUCUGGCCGCGAUCACACACUUCCUCUUCGGACCUCCACGGCUGCACAGGGAACUCCUGGAGGAGAGGGAUCUGGUCUUUGCCAUCGCACAGUGCCAUGUGGACAACAGCCAAACAGUCCACAUGCGUGUCCUCCAGACCAUUUAUAAGAGGCUGAUUGGCAGCAGGUUGGACUGUCCUCGCUUUGGGGGUCACUGGGAAAACAUCGGCUUUCAGGGUACAGACCCAGCCACUGACCUACGUGGCACGGGUUUCCUGGGACUGAUGCAUACGUUGUACUUUGUGAUGGACCCAGAAACUCUACCGCUGGCUAGAGACAUCUACAAGUUAUCACAACACCCGACACAGAACUUUCCAUUCAGUGUGAUGUCAAUCAACAUGACCCGCAUCGCUCUGCAAGUACUCAGAGAGGAAGCCUUGUCCAAGGAGUGUAAUCGUCGUCAGCAAGUGGUUGGUGUGCUCAACGAGUUCUACGUUGCCACGUAUCUGCAUCUGUACCAACUGUGGAAGACCCAACAGAAGACCAUUGUUGACUCUGGCUUUGUACUAAAAGAAGUGGAGCUGUUUGCCAAAAAGAACCCCAAGCAGAUGCUGCGCCGACUAGAGGUCUUCCUGAAAGAGAGGCGGGCAGGUGGAAUCCCCCGUGGGACAUCGCCAGACCCUCAGGCCCAACAGCCCUCUCCCAGCCUGGGGGCCAGAGCCGGGCCGGGACAGGGGAGCAAAGGAAAGGAGAUGCACUUCACAGGAGUGUGUGAUCUACCGCCAGACAUGGAGGGAGAGGCCAGACUCAUCUAAGCUAGACUCUGUGUGUCUGUGUGUGUCUGUGUGUGUGUGUCUGUGUGUGUGUGUGUGUGUGUGUGUGUGUGUGUGUGUGUGUGUGUGUGUGUGUGUGUGUGUGUGUGUGUGAGUGUGAGUGUGAGUAUAUCUAUCAUGGUAUGUGCGAGUACUCUCAGAGAGCUAGAACCCCACCAGUCCCUGAACUAGGACCUGCUAUGUGAACCUAUUCAAACACUUCCACUCCUUCCACUGAUGCUGGGGUGCUGCACUUUGAUCAGAUUAAGCUUUGGGGCUCUUAUAUUUGAGUUAUAUUUUCUUUUCUUUUCUUUUUUUUUUUAUCAGUGAUUAAUUUAUUUUUUUUAAACAGAGAACAGUCAAAUAUAGAGCUAAAGCAGGUCAGAAACACAAAGUGAUUGUUUGCACUUUUCUGCGGAUUAAGUAGCCAAAUUGAUAGCUGUCCAAUUCUUGUGGUUAAACUCUUACCUUACUAAACCUUGCCUAGGAGUCCAAAACGUACACACUGAGGAUCUCUCAGUCAGGGUGUUUUAACAUUGCAGAGAGGGGGGAAGCAAUGCACGGAGCAGCUUCUGAACAGGCUUGACGUUCUCUCUCGCUCCAAGAUACAGCUCUGUCACACGGGCACGCUAACAGCUCACAAUGCACACUAAAGGGCAAAAUUGUCAAACAUAUUGUUAAAUGCUCUGUUAGCUUUAUGGUGAUAAGACAGAAAUGAACCAGUUCCAACCCCUGCUGCAGAGCAAACAGAAGCAGCUUUUCUCUCAGCAUGAGUGGAGAGCGGCAGAUAGAAAACCCGGGGAGGUUACAGAAUUCUUUGAGCAGGAAUUGCCAGUAAACGCUGUUCUCAAAUAUCUCACGCAGUAGACUUUGGAUGCAGCUUGCUUUGAAGGUCUGAUCACUUUGCAUUCUCUAUUAGAGCGUGAAUGAAGUAUACGUCAUGUGAAUGGACACUCAGUCCAGAUGUUUGGAGGUAUAUCUAGUUGUUGGUGUACUCAUGGUGUCUGUUGCCAGGGGUCAGAUAGACUAGGUGCAGAGCCCCCACUUAAUAUGGGGGGGAUAUAUUUUAAAUAAUUUAAAAAAGAAAAUAACUAUUAUAGUCCUUUCUGAAGGGACAACUGUCAUAACGUCCCAGUUAUGUAUAAAAAGCAUUUCAGAAGUUUGUCAUUAAAUCGAUGGCUGGGUGACCGUGAGAAGGAUUUUUGUUAAAUUCCACCAGAACGUCUGGAAAUCUUAUGAAUUCUCAAAUUUUCACGGUUAAAGCCAAGGAGACACUUCAUAACAGUCUGUGUGCUUGGCUAAAAUCGAAGGUCUGGUAUGAGCUUUCUCUACAUUCCGUUAUAAAGCAUGUGAUUGUAAUUUUUUUUGACCAGUUAAAAAUUUUAUUCCUGUGUGUGUGCGUGUGUGUGUGCGUGUGAAAUGAAAUGAAUGAGCUGAUAUUGAUGAAGGGUGCCUCUCCUCGGAGAUGUAUGGUACAGUAUGCAAUCCCAGCUCUCACUCAAUGAUAAUCAAAACGAUAGUGCUGUGUGACGAUAGAAAUCGUUCCUUACUUCAGGGUUUGUGCGCUUGUGCGAGUGUUUGUAUGGACGUGUGUGUGCUUGUGUGUACGUGUGUGUCGUAUGACAGGAACUGACUACAGAUGGGGAGCUUUCCUCUGCACACAAUAAGCCAGCUUUACUAAGUACUUGAUCCAUCAAGCUGCAAAGACGGUACUUUUGUCAUUUUAAAAAUGGUACAUAACAUUUCUUAGGACAAGAUUUAAGUCUAAAACAAAGAACACAUACUUUGGUUUGCUUUUUAAAAAAGAAAAACAUGUUGGUUCUGGACAGAGCUGGAGUCAGCGGCUCUGUGGCCUGGGAUGGGUGGAGCUGCUCAGCAAAGCUGGUUCCUGCUUUGUGCUAAUGUGAAACCGUCUCCCAUCGUCGUAGUCUCAAUCUGUAGCAUGUUCAGGUAGCACUAGUACUGUAGCAUCCUAUAGCCUCCUCUUCGUAAAGCUUGUUGAUGUCAUGUCUCAGUUACAGUCCGUAGUGUCAAUGAGUGCGCAAACUGUUACUACUAUAGCACAUUUAUUUCGUAUUUGCAUUAAGCCUCCUUCAGUAGACACACAUUUAGGUGGCGCAGCGUAUGUUUUGGAGAGAUGCGGGAUAGGCUUGACAUGUUAUUGAGCUCAACCAUGUCUUCUAAGAAGGUAACAGUAAAAACGGUGCCUACAUCCAGUGGAGCCAUGUGGGGUAGAGCGCUGGUUUGUCCUCGCUUUCUUUUUUUUUUUUUUCAUUUGAACCACCGUGCCACAGUAGACUUCCUCCAUUCAUGUAACGCAGUAAACAGAGUUGACGUGACCCCCCCCCCCCCCCCCUAAAACAUGCAGGCCUAACUAACGGAUAUAUACAUAACAGGCAUGUACAUUUUCUAUGUCAACAUCUACUCGGAUAGUUGUACUUUGCCAUCUUCCCCAUAUAACUUCAAAAACAAGCUGAUGUAGUUUAGCCAAUUGUUUGCGAGUGUUUUGAUUGAACAGGAAAAUUUGCACUGUUGUAGAUAUUUGAUAGUAUGUGUGAUGUAUGCAAGAGGAAACAGGCCAUCUUCAAUAGCCAUAAUGUUCAUUAUCGCCCACCUCAUGACACAGGCUUCGUGGAGUCCCCUCCUCCCUCUAAAAAAAAAUAAAAAAUAAAAAUAGCACCAUGGAUAUGAUCUCACAUUUAGUUUUAUUAAAUUUUAAACUGAGGAGCAGUACAGUGUAUGUAAAUCAGGAAGUUUGUAUAUAGAGAAUUAAUGAUUGUAACUGUAUGAUUGUCUGUAGGGCAUUAUACUGAAACACAUUGCUUACCUCAAGACUUGAGACAAAUCUCUCCUUUCUCUCUCCUGAUGUUUGUUUGGCCUCUCAGUCAGACUCUAUCUUUUUAUGUUUCCUUGUACCUAGGCCUUCUCUCAUACCAAUUGGACAUGUUAUAUAAUGUAUAUUCAACACCUGAAGCACUACAUAAUAGCAAACUAACACAAAAGCUGGUAAAUGUUAUGUGUAUUCUAUUUAAAGACACAUUUAUAGACACUAUAAAGGCCCACACACACACUCGCUCUGAUACACAUCUGCAGACGAUAAAAUCCUCUUUAAAACGAACUAUAAUUGGCUCAUGUUUACCAUGUUUGAAACAAGCUGGUUUUCUUGUGGCUUCAGUGAUAGUACAGUAUUCGUUUGCUGUGUUUAAGUGUUUGAUGUCAGGAAAACACUCAGAAACAAUCCAGUCUUUACAGCUACAGUCACAAACAAACGGUUCAAUAUAUGAUUGUAAAGAUAUAGGCUUGAUUAGCAGUCAUAAUACGGUGUAUGCUUUGACCUUGGUAUAUAUUCAGUAUCCAAACAAGGCCUGAUUUAUCCUCUCAUAUUACCAAAAGUUAUAUUUUCAGCAGUUGUAAUAGAUCAUAUUCUUAUGCGUUUGAUCAUCGUUUGGAAUCUCCUCAGUUGUGAAACCAGAACCAAGAGAAAAAAAAAACACACGGGUUCUUGCAGGAUGUCGGAUGCUCUGAGAGGUGUGGUGUGAAGUUCUGCUUCCUACAGCAGCAGCUCGGCAAAUACAAUCACUUCUCUCAAUAUCCUGCGCUUUAUAUGAAGGUGUUUUACUGUUGCCGUCGUCGUCAUGUCCCUCAGAGCAUUUUAUGACUGUACCUUGAUUGUAGAAGCCCUAUUUUAUACUGAGAGUUAUUUCAGAAUACAGUAUGUGCUGUUGUACAUUAAAUGUAUUGUAUGGAGAAAGCUAAAUAAAUGCUGUUUAAAAACUAA